GUCAUUAUUCCUAACAACACAAUCUACGCUGUUCAGAUGAUGCAAGUACAUUACACUACAUAUGACAUGAGGCACAAGUACAACACAAUCAACCCCAGAACACAUGGCGACAUCAUGGUACUCUUGGGAGAGACUGCACCUAACCACCCAUAUUGGUAUGCCUGCAUGUUGGCUAUCUAUCAUAUGGAAAUGUGGCUCAACAAUGGGGGCACACCUGUGAAGCAUCACCUAGAGGUCCUUUGGGUUAGAUGGCUGGCCCUGCUGAGGAACCAUAAAUCUGGUAUGAAAUGUGCUUGUCUUCCAAGGGUGGCCUUUGUGGAUGAGUCAGACACGGACGCAUUUGGAUUUCUUGAUCCAGGGCAGGUGAUUUGA